CAAACACAUUCGGUGAGAUCUCUCUUCAGUCUGCUCCUUCACCUCUCUCUUCUGACCUCAUCUGUCAGCUCACCGGAAAGGUGCCGAUCGGAGAGCCCUUCACCAUCAGCCAUCGCAGCUAUGCUUUCAGGCAUCUUGCAUCGCCCUCGCUGCCUGGCACGUCGGAGGCUAUGUGAGAUCUCCCCCUUCCCGCCCUCCCAGCCUCCAUUUCCUUCAUCUGUCGGCCACCAGGUCCGCUUCAAGGGCGGCAAGAAGCCCGUCGGACGCGUCAAGGAGCUUGUCAAGGCCCGCAUGUAACCACACAUCAAGCUUCAUUGACCGUGGCACGUCGUCCGUCUGCCUGUCUGUCUGUCUGCGCAGUAAGGUUCGCGCGUUGGGAGAGCUGGGCAGCGAGGACAUCAAGCAGAUAAAGCAGCAGCAGAUGGGCGCACUUGGAGCGGCUGCAGAGGGCCAAUGGGGCGAGGAGGAGCGGCAGCAGGGCGGGCCAGGGGCAGGCGAGCGCCUGCGCAAGUUCGGUGUGUUUGAGGACUACAACGUGGCGCCCUAUGCGGCUGAGAUGGACAAGCUGCUGGAGGGCCUCAAGAGUAAGCUGGCGGCCAUCAAGAUGGGCCGGGCGACGCCAGACACCUUCGAGGGCAUUCAGGUGCAGACCAAAGCCGGCAAGGCCUUCCUCACCGAUAUCGCACAGGUCAGAGAACCAACGACACACAAACACACAUGCACACAUUCACACGCACAUAUAUAGCCGCCCUGUGUGUUGUGCUCAGGUGGUGAUAAAGGGCGCGACAACGGUCAUGGUCAACGUCUUUGACGAGGCAGACGCCAAGAAGGUAACGUGCAGAGAGCGCAGCGCAGCGCAGCGCAGCAGACGUAGCCGCUUCUUCAGAUCAUCAGCGCGUUGCGCGCCCACGACAAUUCAUGGACGAUGAAACAGGUGAUGCCCAAGCACAGCAAUCCACCUGUGACGGUGUCUGCAUCCCUUUCCUCUCCCUUUGUCGUGUGUGCCGUCAGGAAGCGCCGACCACUGUCAGGCUGGACCUGCCCAAAGUGAGUCAUACGACAGGCUCUCGGUUGUGCAUCCAUCUCAGUUGUCGCCGCUCAUUUGUUUUAGAUGACGACUGAGAUCCGCGACAAGCUCAAGAAGAAGGCGCGAGAACACCUGGAACAGGUGAGAAGGUGCUCACACAUAGAAGUGGACGCACCGGCAGACCCGCGCUUGUGUGUGCCAUAGACGAAGUUGAGCAUCCAGGACAUCAGGAACAAGGGCAGGAAGGAGGCCAAGAAAGUGGUCAGUCAGCACGGCAACAACUGCCACGGCAGACGGAAUGACAGACCACCUGAAUGUGUGUGUGUCACGUUGUGUGUGUUGUGUGCAGCUGACGGACCGUAAUCGUCUGAUGUGGGAGGAUCAGCACAUCAACAAGAUCUCAUCGGCCAAGGUCGCCAUGGCCACCAAACUUGUCGACGACAAGUGCAACGAAAUCGGAGGCGGAUGAGAUUACUUGCCGGCGCGCUUUGCUUUCGAGCGUCAGACGUGUGCAGGUUCUGUGCGCAUGUGCCUGUGUAUUAGCUCCGUGUGAUGGCAAUUGCGUGGUGUCGAUUUCUCUGUAGCAUUUAUGGACAUGCACGUUCAAGGAGCCAACGCGAGUGUGUCCGAUGGAUGGACGUACGCAAAAAUACUCGUGAGUCAGUCGACAAUCCCUCAUGAGCAGUAGAAUCGUC